AUGUGUUCAUCAGUGUCGGAGGCCCUGAAACAGCUGGCGACCCUGGACACCAUCAGCAGGACGGUGGCCAAUCUGAAGUGUUCGUUAGAGAGAUUCAUCAACAACGGUUCUGUCUCUGACGGCUGCUGUCCUCUGGGCUGGGAGUUUUCCAGAUCCAGCUGUUAUUUCUUCAGCAAGACGUCGUCGUCCUGGCCCGACGCCCGAGAUUGGUGCAACGGACACGAGUCGCACCUGGUGAUCCUGGUGCACGACGACGACUGGGACUUUGUGACGGGCCGCUCCUCCGGAACCUUCUACUGGGUCGGACUGACGGAUGAGAAGACGGGCCAGUGGGAGUGGGUGAACCACACGCCGUAUACCAUGAACCGCAGGCGCUGGAAGCCCGGCCAGCCCGACGGAUGGACCAAUCACGGCCUGGGACCCGGAGACGAGGACUGUGCUCACCUGCACUACGACGGGCGGCUCAACGACCUGCACUGCAGCAGCAGGAUGAGAUUCAUCUGCCAGAGACACAGCCAGCACAGCUAGAUGCUUCGUGGGAUCAUCACUUUUAUGUUAAUUUCUUUAUUAAACCCUUUUCUUGGAUUAUUACGGUUCAAAGUGAAGAAUGGAGCAACGAUUCCUCCACGUUUGUCUGUGGAACAACUCAACGGUUGAUGGUUUGAUUCCCUGAUUCCCUCUGAACUCUUAACUGCUGGAACAACUCAACGGUUGAUGGUUUGAUUCCCUGAUUCCCUCUGAACUCUUAACUGCUGGAACAACUCAACGGUUGAUGGUUUGAUUCCCUGAUUCCUCUGAACUCUUAACUGCUGUACAAAACUAUUAAAAACUAUUAAACACAUCAGAGAUGCAGACGA